CAUAUGUCAGACCGUACUACCACAACUUGUCUAGGAAUUAUUUUCCAUUCAGUCUGGUGUAAACGGGAGCGACUGAGAGAGAACACCCUAGUUUCGUACUCGAAGGCGCACGUUUCUAGUUGAUUUUUAGUGAUCCAAUACGCGCGAUGGCCGGGUUGCUGUCAAUCUCGUCGCGUAAUGUUCCGCGAACCGCGUUGCGAAUCGGCCUUCGAUCACUGGAGAGAUCCAACCAGCAGGUUAGCAAGAUUUCUGGUUCCAGAUGUCACCACCAGGGGCGCGCAAUUCUGCACAGAUUAGUUAGUGCGACAGUCGCCGAAAGUGCACCGACUCAAAAUUAUACUGCGUCGAAAUGGAUGUUGGCCAAUCGCAACAUUUUUACUUCGGCACGUCUGCUGAGCUCGGAAAUUGUUAAGGUUCCUCCCUUCGCUGAUUCCGUCUCGGAGGGUGACGUGAAGUUUGAGAAAAAAGUCGGUGACGCUAUAGCUGCCGAUGAGAUAGUGAUGGAGAUCGAAACCGAUAAGACUACGGUGGGAGUUCCAUCACCCGGCCAUGGAAUAAUUGAGGAAAUCUAUGUAUCCGACGGAGAUACAGUGAAAGCCGGACAGCAGCUGUUCAAGAUGAAGAUCACCGGCGAGGCGCCUAAGGCUGCCGCAAAACCAGCUGAGGCUUCCGCUCCAGCUGCUGCAGCUCCGCCACCGCCGCCGCCACCUCCACCAUCACCAUCACCGGUAGCAGCACCAGCCGCUGCUGCUCCACGACCGCCACCAGUAGCUGCCGCUGCGCCGCCUCCACCACCACCACGACCAGCAGGUCCGAUAAGCAAAAUGCCAGUCGCUGCCAUUCGCCACGCUCAGGCGAUCGAAGCUGCCACGGUGAAGGUUCCACCUGCCGAUUACAGUAAGGAAAUUACGGGCACCCGGACUGAGCAGCACGUGAAGAUGACACGCAUGCGACUGAAGAUCGCCUCCCGUUUGAAGGAGGCCCAAAAUACCAACGCUAUGCUGACUACGUUCAAUGAGGUUGACAUGAGCUUCAUCAUGGAUUUCCGCAAGCAGCAUCUGGAAGCCUUCCAGAAAAAGUACGGAAUGAAGCUCGGAUUCAUGUCGGCCUUCUGUAAGGCAGCAGCCUAUGCCCUGCAGGACCAACCCGUUGUGAACGCUGUCAUCGGAGAGAAUGAGAUCAUCUACCGGGAUUACGUUGACAUCUCGGUUGCUGUGGCCUCACCAAAAGGUCUGGUCGUGCCGGUACUGAGAAACGUUGAGGGAAUGAACUACGCCGACAUUGAGCUGGCCAUCGCUGCGUUGGCUGACAAGGCGAAAAAGGGAACGCUAGCCGUUGAGGAUAUGGAUGGUGGCACUUUCACCAUCUCGAACGGUGGAGUUUUCGGGUCGUUGCUGGGGACGCCCAUCAUCAAUCCACCGCAAAGUGCCAUUCUAGGCAUGCAUGGUAUCUUUGAGAGACCAAUUGCUGUAAAAGGACAGGUUGUCAUUCGACCAAUGAUGUACGUCGCGUUGACUUACGACCACCGGUUGAUUGAUGGUCGUGAAGCUGUUUACUUCCUGCGUAAGGUCAAGGCUGCCGUAGAGGAUCCCCGCAUCGUGCUCGCUGGGCUGUAAAGUAGAUACAACUUUUGGUCGCACUAUUACCGUGAAAAACUCAUUCAACCGAUAGAAUCAUCAUCGAGAGCGGAAUGCGCCGAUAACACAAGCAACAAAUGAUAUUUGUUAAACAAUGAGAAGCCCCAUAGGGAUCCCAAGAAUCUUACAUUAGGAAGCAUAAAUGAAACGAAACGCAGUGAAUAUCUAGCUUCAGUUCCAACCGUUCGCACCUCGGCUAUGCUCCGUUUACCACACUCACACAAUUUAACCGUUGUUCAAUAAACAUCCAAGUCAAUAUUCUCCGGAGAAA